AUGCUCUAUCCGUUGUCGAUUCUCGCUCUCGUCCUUCUGGCUUUGAUCCACACCACUCACGGAAACGGCGAUGGACAAAUCAGUGCCACUCCCCACUCUUCAGAUGCGAUCCCGUACGAGACUCGAGUGUAUUGGAUGCGCCGGGCCAUUUCCGCACUGGCAGAACUCGACUCCCCAUGUCCAUUCGCAGCAUUCGGGUCGGUGGUCGUGAACCACACCGACACAUCUGAUCCCAAGGGAAAACUGGUCUGCAUGGGUGUGAAUCAGGCAGCGCAUGUUGGAAAUCCUACUCUACACGGUGAGAUGGCGACGAUUGAGAAUUGCUCCAAGGUCCUUACGGACCUGGAUGGUCUGUAUAGGUUGAGUCCUUCGGAGGCUUUGAAAGCCUACUCGCAAUUGAGCCUAUACACAACCGCAGAGCCUUGUCCAAUGUGUGCCUCUGCAAUACGCUGGUCGGGCUUCGCAGAAUGUAUCUAUGGCACCAGUAUCGAGACACUCAUCAACAGGGGCUUCGGCCAGAUCUCAAUACCGUCCCAGGAAGUGUUUGCAGAGUCGACCAAAUUGCCGGGGGAGACGGUUCUGAUCGCGGAUGUUUUGGCAAAUGAGACGGACCCGUAUUUUUCAUGGCAGUUUAAUCACAGCUAUCCGUGUCCAAAGGGGUGUGAAAGGGGUAGUAGGGAUAAAUUUUGCAAGCUGCAGGUGACUGACCACGAAUUAUGA